AUUUAUUAUUAUUAUUAUUAUUAUUAUUAUUAUAUUAUUAUUUUCAGGUAAUUAAUCUCGUGACACCAUGGACUUCCAAGUACAACUCCACAAAAUAGAGCAAGCCCUGUGCAAAGAUGAAACAGAGGCACUCGCCUUCUUGUGCAGAGACAUCGUUGAUAUAGACCUCAAAGUAGAGUCUGCAUCCCAUCUCUUCACAAAGCUAAAGAACAUGGACCUUUUAGAGGCCGAAGAUGACUUUAUUGUCGCAGAGCUUUUAUACCGAAUCCGACAGUUUUGUUUGCUCAAAAAAAUGGGAAACAGCAAGGAGCAGGUUGAAAAAGAAUUGCCACAGAAAGGAAGAAUUUCAAACUAUAGGCAACUGUUAUAUGACCUGUCUGAGGACGUAACCAGAGAUGACCUGAAAAGUGUAAAGUUUCUAUUGCAAAACAGCCUUCCGCGAUGCAGACUUGAAGAUGACAUGACUAUGCUUAAACUUCUCGUAGAGAUGGAGAAAGAAGACCUCUUAGACCGAAGCAACCUGGAGAUGCUAGAGAAAGUCUUACAAAUCAUCUCCCCCAGUUUAGUGAAAAAAAUAACCAAGUAUAAAAAUGAAAAUGGGUACUGCACACAGGAGACUGGGUUUAGCUCUUCAGAAGCGCAAGGAUGGAAUCCCAGCCGGGCGCAUGCACAGUCACCGCUCCCUCCUCUGAGUCACUCUUCUCAACAAGGCGAAUCUUCAGCGAAUUCAAGACCAGCGUCCGGUGGGACUCGAAGAGCAAGCGAAGAUCAACAGCUGUCCAACUUGCUGCUGCCCCUCUCUGUUUCUGCAAGUGAACAGGGAGAACAGCAGAGAGCAAACAGCUUGCAGGAGACUGUAGAUAAUCAGAUAGGGAACUUUCCACCAAGCCUGAGCUGCUUUCGUGGAGCCAGUAAUGCAGGUGAGAUGGAGCCUCCACAUUCGUCUUCUGGUUUUUCAAGUGUAAAUGCAGAUGCUAUUGUUGGUCACGGUGAAUCAGAUGAUAGUGACCCAGGGAUUUCAGAAACCUAUGCGAUGAAUAGAGAGAAGAGAGGAUACUGCCUGAUCAUAAACAACUAUAAUUUUAGUGAGUCACGCACCAGAAGGAGCUCAGAACAGAAGUGGUGUACUGAUAGACAAGGAACAAACACUGAUGCAAGUGCAUUAAAGGAUGUUUUCCAGUGGCUGGGAUUUGACACUGUAUGCGUAGAAGACUUGACUCAAAAAGAAAUGCUGAAAGAAAUAGAACAAUACCAAAAUUUAACAGACCACAAAGACAGAGAUUGUUUUGUGUGCUGCAUACUCAGCCAUGGAGAGAAGGGAAAGAUAUAUGGGAUUGAUGGACGCACCGUUUUAAUAAGUGAAAUAACCAAACCUUUCUCGGGCAAGAAUUGCCACCUCUUGAUUGGGAAACCUAAAGUGUUCUUCAUUCAAGCUUGUCAAGGGCAGAAAACACAGUCAGGUGUCCCAAUAGAGGCUGAUGGCUACACUCCAGAGCUUGAGAAAGAUGCCCUGGUACCCAAUUCAAUUCCUGAGGAUGCUGAUUUCCUGGUUGGCAUGGCAACCGUGGAAGGUUAUGUUUCCUACAGAGACCCAUCUAAAGGAACAUGGUACAUCCAGAGCCUCUGCCAGAAUCUUCUACACCUGGUGCCAAGAGGAGAAGACCUGUUGUCCAUCCUGACAAAGGUGAACAUGGAUGUUAGUCGGAAAACUGAUGAAUACAGGAUAAAGAAGCAGAUUCCACAGCCAGCCUUUUCACUAAGGAAGAAACUGGUCUUCCCAAUUCCUGCCGAGUGCCCGCCUGCCCUGCUGCAGCUCUAGGAGGUCAAUCAUAGCUGUAUAAAAGGUUUGCUGUUGGCCUGUUUGCACCCCACCUCAAUUCUGCCAAGGCUAGCUGCCUUACAGAGUAGUGGACAGGAUGGUGGGAUUCCAAAAACACUUUGCUUGAUCUGGUUGAUCGCUGUGAUUGAUGGAUCUGUGUCCAUAAACUAUUUUGAAUUGACAGUUUUUGUUAUGAAUUUGAACUACAAUUUCAGUUGUAUCUCUGGAAGCAAAACAACGUAAUGAACUUCACAAAGUUUUGAGGUCAAUCAGCUACGAGAAAACACUGUUAUAUUCUUAAUUGAGGGGUCCUGUCGAGCAGAUACUGCACUGUAUGUACGAGGACCCUUAUACCAGUUGCAUGCAGGCUCACAUUGUGCCAGUUAUGAAAAAAAAAAAAAAAAAAACAGCAUGUAUUAUUGAGCUAUCAUCAAAGGGGUAACCUCAAAACUAAGGGGGAUUGUUGGGUAGGCUGGUCCACUACAAAAGGGGUUCCCAGGAAUUUUAUAAGUUUGCACCGAUGAAAGAAAUUCCCCUAACGAGGACACAAUUACCUUACCAUUGGCCUCCACCUGUGAACCAUUA